AUGGAGCGAUUUAAUAUGCAUAUUUUUCUCGAACUAAAGUCCUGCUGCGAUAACUUAAUAAAAAAUCCGAGUAAGGAUUACGCACGUAGAAUCGCAGAGGUAGCUAAUAAUAUUUCCGAUAAAACAAUGCAUGAUUUAUCGGCAUACUGUUUAAUUCCUAUUAUCACCAUCUUGCAAAGCAAUACAAGCAUGACUGUAAAAGAGGAACUGAUAAAAACUAUGAGAGUUAUAAUACGAAAAAUUAGAAUUACAAAAUUGAAAAUCUUUUUUAACAUUUAUGGAUCUCUGCUAAUCCAGAUUUUUGACAAAGAGCAGCCAAAUCAAGUGAUUUUAUUUCAUGAGGAACUUAAGGAAGCAGUAGCUUUAUGUAUUAAAGAUCUUAUCUACCAAAGCAAUUCUGACGUGAUAGAAUCACUUUAUACUAAAGAAAAUGUACUACAGCUUGGUCAAGGAAUAUUUUUGUGCCUAACAAUUGCAAGGACCGAAAAGUCAUAUUCUGUAAAAUUAGCUGGACUAGAUGCAGUAAUAGCUUUGUGUCAUAUUGAUGAGAUGGAUGAAUCUGACAUUAUUAUACAAGAUCAAAUAGCAAAUACUAUCAUGGCAUUUUUUCCGGGUAUUAUCGGUGGAUUACAGGAAAUAGCAAUGGGAGAUGAAAUUCAGAAUCACAAAAUUACGAUGAUAGCAAUUCGAGCAUGGGGGAGAAUUAUAUCUCUUGUAAUUCAUGAUAAGGAUGAAGAAGAUGCUGAAGAAGACACAUUAUCCAUAGAAACACUUAUAAAAAAAAAUUGCAAUAUAUCCACUGACAUGUCACAUAAUAUGAAAUAUAAUGGAAAAUGCGACAUAGAACAUAAUUUAAAAGGAGCUACAAGAAAUAAAGAAUGGUUCGAAGCUGUGGCUAUUAAGCUUGGUUCAUGUAUAAAAUUGUUAGACCAAGUUAGGAGCCAUUCACACUACAAAGUUAAGAAAGAACUAGUUGAAAGUAUUAGACUUAUACUUGAAAAUUGUCGCAGGAAUAUGAAACCAAAUAUUAUGACACUAAUAGAUUAUUUGAUAUCUUUAUCUGAAGACGAAUCUAUAGAAGUUAGUGAAAAAGCGCAUAAUGUGCUGCAUACAAUAAGUGAAAACUACAUGCAAAAUCACGAUAUGAAAUCAUUAAUUGAUUUAUUGGAAGAUAAGUUUUACAGCUUACUUACAAAAUUGCCCACAAUUAUUAGACGAUCAAAUGAUAACGAACAAUUAGUAUACUUGAAUCAAUUUGCUGGAUAUUUAAGAUUAUUUGGAACGCAAAGAUUGCCUCAUAUUAUGAGAUCUCAAGCUCACAUGCAAAGAUUGCUGUUAGCUCUUGUAUAUAUUAUGAUCAUAGAUUGCAACAACAUAUCUCUUCUACAGACAGCAAAUGUAAAAGAUUUAGAUGAUCCUGCAUAUUUUUAUGGAUCAGAUUCAUGGAGACAAUUUAAGUUUAUUAAGAAUAACUUGUGUAAAGAGAAACUUAUUACAAUAUGCAAGUUGCUUCAAGAAUUUGGGGAUUUGAGGAUAUUAAUUGACACUAUUCUUGAACUUAUGAUGGAUGUACCACAACACAGAAAGGAACUGAGUUUGCUACUUAAUUGGAUCUUAGUUUCUGUUAAAGAUUCAUCUUCUUCAUAUUUGUAUAAAGAAAUCGUAGAUUUCUACACAACACAGGAAGUAUGGUAUUUGCCUAUAGAAGUAACUGAAGAUACUCCUUUGAUGCAAGCACAGAGCAAUAUAGUGCAAUGUUGCCUCUUGACCGAAGGAUUAGGUUUUAUAGCACAAAAUUUACAACAUGACUUUGAUAGAUAUCUUCUAAAAACUUUAUAUUUAAUUAUUGAAAGAGCAGGUAGUGGGAACAGUUUAAUCAGUUAUAUUGGAGUGCGUACUCUCGAAAAUGUCGCCGAAACACAACAACAUAAGACAAUUGGCGAUCUGCUACGUGCUAACGUAGAUUAUUUUUCUUAUCACAUUAUAAUGAAAUUACGCCAAAUAAAUCAUAAUCCUGGCGUAUUUGACGUUAUCAAAGUUAUCAUGAAGUACAGCAGAAUGGAUUUUUUGCCGCACCUAAAGGGAAUUAUAGAAGAUGUACUUAGGCAACUAAGUACUCCUUAUCGUCAAAAAGACACUUAUUCGUUCUUGAAGAUAUUUCAUACAUUUAUCAUAUGCAUAAAAACGUUAACAAAUUGGGAUGAUAUAAAAGUAACAAAAGAAGAUAUACGAACUACAAGUAAUUCUUCGGAAACAAUUAUUCUUUUUUUGUUAGAAUAUUAUAAUGCAAAGAAAAUUGAUGAAAAAAUAGAGGAUGACUUUGAAGAGAUAGAAUCAGAUGUACUGAAUACUGAGUUACCAGAAGAAAUAAACGAAGAAAAUUACUCAGAUCCCAGUGCAGAAGAUAAAUCAGAUAAAAAGUUACCAACUCAUAUAAAGAUAAUCAUAGAAAUUAUGAAACGUUGUAUACACUUUCUACCUUUGAAGGAUGUACAAAAAUCACUGAUGGCAAUGCAAACACUUCAAGAAGGUUUACCGAUACUAGUUGAAUGGGAAGAUGAACUAUUGCCUCUUGUGCAUCAGUUAUGGCAUCCACUGAUCGACAGAUUUCAUGAUGAAAAUGUACUUGUCAUUAAUCAUGCAUGGCAACUUUUGCAUGUACUCGCCAAUAUUUCGAAUGACUUCAUCAGAAGCAGAACUCUGCGAGAGGUAUUACCAUUUGUAUUUCAAUUCUUGACUAAGUCCUCUAAAGAAAGUAUUAAUAAGAGCUCGGUAAACGUUUAUAAAUUCACACAAACUUACAAAUCCCAAUACGAAUUGUUAUCUACAUUGGGAAUAAUCGCGAGGCUCCUGAAAUUACGUGAACAUGAAUUGUGGCAAAUAUUAAGCAAUACACAAUUGUAUCUUAGUGCACGUCAACAUACUACAUUACAGGCGUGCUGUGUAAAAUUGUACAAAGAUAUUGCUGAUUAUAAUGGAGAUAUCGCGUGGGUGAAAUGUCUUAGUAUCUGGAAUUCAAAAGUUGCACGAAUAGCGUCUGAUGCAACAUUUGAUAUGAAACAUCUGCUGAUUCCAGAUGUUUCUCCGUCAAACGAAUAUUACAAAAAUGUAAACGAAAUCGUUACAUAUAUUCAACAGAAUAUUCACUAUUGAAUAUAUCAAAAAUAUAUGAAAAAUGAUUUAAGAAUUCAAAGAUCUUCAAACAACA